AUGAUGCAUUACGAGGGUCUGAAUUUUAAGGAGGACUGGAAGCUUCUAACUAUUCUUAUAGGCAUGAAUGACAUCUGUGGUUACUGCGGAGAUAAGGCUCAUUUUUCAGCAAAUAACUACAUUGACCGUAUAACCCACUCACUGGACAUGCUUAUGGACAAGGUUCCUCGGAUGAUCGUCAACAUGGUCCAGAUUAUGCCCUUGCAACUUCUGAGGGAGAUGAGGAAGCCCUUUACACAGUGCCCCCUCCUGCGCUUUACAUGCCAAUGCAUGACUACUACUAAGUCCGACUCCCCAGAACUGUAUGAGUUGGUGGAGGUCAAUCUGGAGUACCAGAAAAGACUCGAGGAGGUCCUGAGCAGUGGUCGUUUCUUCAAGAAGGACUUUGCCGUCGUUCUCCAGCCUUUUCUGAUGCACACAAGCGUUCCACGUAAACCGAAUGGGAAAGUUGAUUUGACCUACUUCAGUCUCGACUGUUUCCACCUCUCUGUGAAGGGUCACGAGGAGCUGGCUAAAGGACUGUGGAACAACAUGUUUGAACCAGUGGGACAAAAGACAACCGUGAGAAGUUAUCCCACCCGUCUCCGCUGUCCACCUGCAGAACACCCGUAUAUCUACACUCGCCCACAAUAAAAAGCCUGAAAAAACAUAUUACUGAGUACAAGGAAGACCCACCUGGUUGUAGUCAGGUCUACACCUCCACCUUCUCCUGGCAGCCUCCAUCUUCCUGUUCUUUUUCCACGAUUGUCUGUCAUUUAUUUAGUUAGCUUCUGAUUGAUGCUUUCACUAGACAUUACUAACCAAUCAAGA